UUGUUUGCUAAACAUUUCAUUGUUUAAGCCUUUUUGUAUGAACAUCACAGAGCGUGUGAGCUCGGAAAGUAGCUUCGAGAAAAGGAGUGUCGAGUUAGUUUUGGCGCAACCUGAGAUAAGCCGAGUAAACAGCGUGUCGUUUAUUAAACCCAACUUCUACAAAUAUGUUACAUUUAUAUUAACGACCAUAGUGAUUGAUUUACCCCCUUUUUUUUGAGUCUGACCCCGGAAGUGUGCGAGUGGAAGCGGGCGGUGCCGUCCUUCUGCUUCCGGUGCGUUCGAUUCUCUCACCAGAAGGCAGACAAACGCUGAAGAAUGGAGAUGCUAACACGAAACAUGACUGACAACAAGUAACAGCCUCGUCUCAAGCCUCCGGUCCCGACGUCUCCUCUCCUCCGAACAACACAAAAGACCCGCGGCGUGUGCGUGUGUGUGUGUCCCCCACCCCCGUCCUUUGCAUUUUGGAUUUAUCGCCAGCCAAGGGUGAUCGACCACCUCCCGUGACAAAUGUUGAGGCCAGAGUGAGGACAGAGGAGAGUGUCCAAGUCAGCUUUUGUCUCAUGAGUGUGUGUGUGCCAUCCAGGCACUGCCAGUAACCAGGGCUGUGGCUGUGGUGGGCCCAGCCCAGGGGGCCUUUGUACACGUCACCCCAGGCCCCCGUUGACCUGUGCUGCUCACACCAUGGAUCCACAGAGGGACAAAUAUGGCGAUCGGCCUGCUAGGAGCACUAAAGUUUCCCAGGGAAGUCGCAGUGGGCAUUCAACCCGACCGUCGGGCUCCUCAAGCUCCUCUGGGGUUCUCAUGGUGGGCCCAAAUUUUCGUGUUGGCAAGAAGAUUGGCUGUGGAAACUUUGGUGAACUGAAGCUAGGUAAAAAUCUCUACACCAAUGAGUAUGUAGCCAUUAAACUGGAACCAGUGAAGUCAAGGGCACCGCAGUUGCAUUUAGAGUACCGGUUCUACAAAACACUUGGAACUACAGCUGAAGGUGUGCCGCAGGUUUUUUACUUUGGGCCCUGUGGGAAAUACAAUGCCAUGGUUCUGGAACUGUUAGGCCCAAGUCUGGAGGACCUCUUUGACCUCUGUGACAGGACCUUUUCAUUGAAGACUGUCCUAAUGAUUGCAAUCCAGUUGAUAUCUCGGAUGGAGUAUGUGCAUUCUAAAAACCUCAUCUAUAGAGAUGUGAAACCGGAAAACUUUCUCAUCGGACGGCAAGGAAAUAAAAAGGAGCACAUCAUCCACAUCAUUGACUUUGGCCUGGCCAAAGAGUACAUCGACCCUGAGACCAAAAAACACAUUCCAUACCGGGAGCAUAAGAGCUUGACUGGUACUGCCCGUUACAUGUCCAUCAACACACAUUUGGGCAAAGAGCAAAGCCGACGAGAUGACCUGGAAGCCUUAGGUCACAUGUUCAUGUAUUUCCUUCGGGGGAGUUUGCCAUGGCAAGGACUGAAGGCUGAUACACUAAAAGAAAGAUACCAGAAGAUUGGAGAUACCAAAAGAAACACUCCCAUCGAGGUGUUGUGUGAGAACUUCCCAGAGGAGAUGGCCACUUACCUGCGUUAUGUAAGACGACUGGAUUUUUUUGAAAAGCCGGACUAUGAAUAUUUAAGGACUUUAUUCACUGAACUGUUUGAGCGCAAAGGUUACACCUUUGACUACACGUACGACUGGGUUGGCAGGCAGAUUCCCACACCGGUGGGAUCCGUCCAUAUAGACUCUGGGGCGUCUGCAGUCACAAGAGAAAGCCAUCCUCACAGAGACCGGACCUCAGCUCACCCACCCAUAAGAAAUCAGACUGCAGUCUCUGAUCGACGAGGAGCAUGGGAGGUGCAGCCCACUCGCCAAGCAAACUCCUCCUAUCUGACUUCCCACUUGGCAGCGGACAGGCAUGGGGGCUCAGUGCAGGUGGUCAGUUCAACCAACGGGGAGCUGAAUGCUGACGAUCCACUAGCAGCUCAUUCCAAUGCACCAAUUACAGCCCAGGCAGAGGUGGAAGUGGUGGACGAGGCCAACUGCGUGAAAAUGCUCAACCUGUGGUGCUGCUGCUUCUUCAAGCGGAAACGGAAGAAGAACACACCGCGACACAAAUGAUCAUCCGCAACCCGCCGGAAACUUUCCGGCUGUGUUGAUUUUUUUUUUUUUUUUUGCUGGCCGCAAAUCUGCGAGGUUCCAUUCACAAUACAAGCGGGAGAAAACCGAGGGAUCUCGACUGCACCGGUCUAUGAAAGGAACUUUUUUUUUUUUUUUUGACGGAAGUCCGUUUUUUUCCUACAGGGGUGGGCGCAAACGGAGGAUGAUUUUGUUUGAGUGCCCUCAGACUUUUUGUUGUCUUCUUUUUGGCAUUCCCCAAUCCCCCCCCCCUCGCUGUGAUUUAUGAUUGUUUUCACUCACUAAAUCAUCUUUUCAUUUCCCCGUCGGUAAGGUUUGGGGGUAUUCCUGACGUGGGACUGAAUGUAGACUUUUGACACACGAGCAGCGCAAAACCGCCUCCGUGGGCUCCUGCACUUUCUGCCGUGGGGACCAGCGAGCACAGGAGGCCACGCCCGCACACCUCCUGCACCGUCUUCUCAGAGGAGGAUUUCUAAACCCCCAACCGCUCGAACACACUACAAUCCCUCCAGACUCUUUUGUUCUGUGAACCGAACACUUUGUUGGGCUGGAAGAAGAAACUAUUUAUGAUAUUUAUCUGUCGGUUGCCACCAGUUUUCUUACUAAUUCUCCCAACAUACACACUGAAUGUAUGGACAGAAAAGUAAAUGACAUCUGGAGCAUUUCUAUCAUUUGUCCUGUGCAUGGUUUAAAAAAAAAAAGGAGAAAAAAAAGAUGUCAGUGUAUGCUCUUAUUGAGACGGUAAAUACUAGACUGUACACCAGUAGUUGCUUUGGAGCGUAGACAAACAAACACUACUGUUCACUGCCUUAACCCCAAACAACCACCUCACUUUACUAGGCAACACUGAGGGGGUUAAGAGAUUCGGAAACAGAGAUGUGGACUUGUGUGCGACUUUGAUGUAUUCCAAUAAGUCCAGUCUGAAGCCCCCGCCCGCCCGCACUGCAACGCGACGCUUGAUGAUCCCGACUGUUGUCGACGCGCGUCGGCACGGCGUCCUAGUUAAGUGUUUUUGUUCCCCUCGGUGAACACGGAGGGCUGCCUUGAAACAAUAUCCUCAGUACGUCACCUUGCCUAUCCUCACUAACACGGUGAAUUCCUUAUUGUAUUUUUUUUUUUUUGUAUUUGAUGUCUUGCAAAUGUGAAUUGUGUUGAAUCCAAAUAGCCAUGGCUUUAAGGGGAAGGAGAUGGUAGCAACAUGUGAAAAGAAGCUUGAGAUCAUGACUGCACUACAUUUGCUUUCCUCGCCUUGUUGAUACUUUUUACUUUAUGGCGUCCCCAUCCUUUUCUUCUUUUUUUUUUUUUUCUUUGUGCCAUGACCCGGCCUACCCCGCCCCGUGUCUCUGCACACGCACACUCGCCCCUCAUCUUUACGAACGGAGUAUUGUAGACGUGGCUAACUAUAAUUUCACUGAAUCCAUACUUACACUGUACUUACUCUCUGGUUGGUUCUUAGCCCCGAUCGCUACUCACACGAGUAACUCCGGGGCCCAAGUUAUCGAACGUACUUGAAUAUGAAAAUCCUACGGGACCUUUUUCGGGUUCCUCUUCAUUACAGUCGGGAAUUUGGCUAUUUGAAUGACAAGUGUUCAUUCCUUUGGGACAUUUCUGUGCCUCUUGGGUUCAUUCACCAGGAUUGUGUCAUCCCGGCCCCCCCUGAGAGACGCGUUCCUAAUAACCAGGUGGACUAAAUAACCUUUAACUGCGUCCCCUGAAUUCCCAGAGUGCCAUUCCUGAGACUACUACAAGUCCACGCCUUUUGACCUGUGCCAGGAAAAGUUGAAUGUUUGUUUUUGUCGGCCAUCUUCAUCCCGCCUCGUGUCCUUGGCGUCAUUUUAAGCGCGGUGGCUGAUUUCAGUACCAGGAAGUGUUGGGAAAAGUGUCUCCAGAAGUAAACUUUUGCAGAUUUUUGUCUUUUGCUUCUUCCUUUAACGGCGUGCUGUAACGUUGACAGCUGGUAUACCUCCUUUUUCCUGUUCUUUUACGACUAUACGGUUCGUUCGUACGUGCAUGGCUUAUCCCGGGUCGCCCGCGGAACAUGUCUAUUGUCGGCUCUGUGAGACGUUAUGGCUUCCAGUCCUCAUGUAAAAAUAUGACAACAGGAAAAAAAAAAAAAAAGCAUCAUUCCAUCCCACUUCUACUACUAGUUUCAGGUUGUAUGUGACAUCCAGAGCUGAGGCAAUGAAUGGCUUUUGUCCUUUUUUGGGUUCUCUGGCACUUUUCCUCGUUGCUGUACUGUAGAAUUACCUUGGACUUACUGUAUAUUUUUUUCUUUGAAGAAGAGGGUGACAUUUACUGCAAUAUUGUGAUGCUUAUUUGGAAAUUGUACAGACUUCAUCGCUGUAUUCUUCGUUCUUUCUGUUGGGAUUACAUAUAAAACCGUAUUCUAUUUUUAUUUUAUUUUUUGUCCCCUUGAAUCAAAAUUGUACAGCUCCAGGAAUUAACUCUCCUCGGCACAAUUCUCCCCCCCCCCCCCCCCAGAGCUAUGAUUAAGAGAAAUCUUAAAAGUGUAUAUAACUAUUGUGUUGAAAUAUGAAUGUCAACUUCAAAAAUGUAUUUUUUGAGUUAGUCAAGGGCUUCUAGCGGGAAGGACCCACAUUUCCACUUUUUAUUGUUUCUUUUCUUUUUUAAUUUGCUGAAAAAGCUAAAGAUCCUUUUUUUAAUCUGAGUUGCCUGUCGUUUCCCCUCCUUGGAUUCAUGUUAUGAUACGUCACAUGAAAAAUCACUUUUUAUUCCCUCCAUGCCUAAAGGGAAGUCCAGUUUGCACCCUUUUUUAUGUAAAAUAAAAGAUGUCUUCACCUUU